GGGCUGCUGUUGCCAUGAUGCAAUGGCGACUGCGCCGUGGGAAGCGAGCGAGGAGUUGAAUGGGUUUCUCCACACAGCUGAAGUGAAGCUGCCUGCAGCCAGUCAGGACACCGUCAGUGGCGAGGGACAGAACAGCGGGCACGGCGACACUGACAGGGUCCUGUCCUGCCACACUACAUGGAAACACACAGCCAGGUGUGUCUGCUAGCCUCACAGCUAGCCGUGUCAUGACGGUUGGAGAGAAUUCUCACACAUCUGUACGACGAGACGUGAGGAGCACCAACACCCUGUUUUCCCUCCGUAGCCCAAACCAAGUGAGGAGGGGUUGUUGUUUUUAAAUUCUUUCAUUUUCUGGUCGCAUCGUCCUAUAAAUCGGCGUGUCAGUGGACCUAUUUGUGGUCUCCGUAUUGGACCACCAUGGCUGAGAGAACCUCAACCGGGUUACUAACGAUGAUGUUGGAGCCCACGCCGGCUGUCGCUAUGACCCUGCCGGCGGAGGUCCGUGAGAAGCUGGCGGAGCUGGAGCUGGAGCUCUCUGAAGGAAGGAGAAAGGAAACAAAAGAGCCAACUUCCUGUGCGUACAGGCAGGCCUUCUACACAAUGGAACAGGAAGUGCCUGGCAACUGGGACAUCACUCAGAAGGGCUAUGAGAAGAAAAGAGGCAAGCUGUUGGCACCGUACAUCCCACAGAUACAAGGUGUAGAUCCUUCUCUGCAAAUUGACAACAGGAUCCAGGCCUCCUCCCAAGCCGUUCUCCCAGGUUCUAAACACAACAAGUCGCGGGCGGCCAACACACGGGAUGAACGCUUCAGAUCUGAUUUGCACACAGAAGCCGUCCAAGCAGCUUUGGCAAAGUACAAAGAGAGGAAGAUGCCAAUGCCCUCCAAGAGACGAUCUGUGCUAGUUCAGUCUUCUGUUGAGGCAUGCACCCCGCCAGACACCUCCUCAGCGUCGGAAGACGAGGGCUCGCUGCGCCGACAGGGACGUCUGGCCACCUCCACGCCCUACCAGGGCCACGGCCACCCAGCCGUUGAGCACUGGUUUAACCGUGUCAUCCAGGGUUCCUCCACCUCAUCCUCCGCGUCAUCCACCUCAUCCCACCCGGGAGGGAGAUCCGUCACCACCACCAACACCACUGUCCACGCAGCCCUGAACGCCAACGCAGCAGCUACCGCACUGGCCGACCUUAUGGCACACACCCAGCUAGAUAACCACUCAGCGCCCCCCGAUGUGACGGGGCUGUCGGAGCGCUCCUUGAUUCAUGCGGAGCGGCCCCAGGUGGCCUCAGUGCGAGGCGUGUCUCGCGGCUGCAACCACCAUACCAGCGUCAUGGAGACUGCAGAUGGCUGUGAAUGGAGAAGUGAAGGAUCCCUCAGUUUAAUGGCUGGUGUUCCAGUCAACAGUCGUGUCUCCUCCAAAAUCCAGCAGCUUCUCAACACUCUGAAGAGACCAAAGCGACCGCCGUUGAGAGAGUUCUUUGUCGAUGACUUUGAGGAGCUUCUGGAUGUCCAGCAGCCAGAUCCCAACCAGCCGAAGCCAGAAGGGCAGCAGAUGAGUCCCCUGGAAGGAGAGCUUCUCGGGGUGGCCAACAAGUGGCCUCCCUCCUUGCCAGCCGCCUUACAACGGUGGGGCACAACUCAUCCCAAGAGUCCCUGUCUAACUGGACUCGACAAUGCUGGCAAACCCGUCUAUACACUCACCUACGGUAAACUAUGGACCCGCAGUCAGAAACUGGCCUACACUCUUCUUAACAAGUUGAGCACCAGAAAUGAGCCCUUGCUCAUGCCGGGAGACAGAGUUGCACUUGUUUUCCCCAACAACGACCCAGUGAUGUUCAUGGUGGCCUUCUAUGGCUGCCUCCUGGCAGAGCUGGUACCUGUGCCUAUCGAAGUGCCGCUGACCAGAAAGGAUGCAGGAAGUCAACAGAUUGGCUUUCUGUUGGGCAGCUGUGGCGUCACAUUGGCACUGACCACUGACGCUUGUCAGAAAGGCUUGCCCAAAGCACAAACAGGGGAGGUAGCCACUUUCAAAGGCUGGCCGCGGUUGCUGUGGUUUGUGACAGAUGGAAAACAUGUUGUGAAGCCUCCAAAAGAAUGGCAUCCUCCAGUACGAGAAGCCAGUAAUGACAUAGCCUACAUUGAGUAUAAAACCAGCAAGGAAGGAAGCACCAUGGGGAUCACAGUGUCUCAUUCUGCCAUGCUGGCUCACUGUCAUGCCCUCACACAGGCCUGCGGCUACACUGAAGCUGAGACCAUAACCAACGUCCUGGACUUCAAGAGAGAAGCAGGAUUAUGGCAUGGUGUUCUUACUAGUGUCAUGAAUCGGAUGCACGUGAUCAGCAUUCCUUACUCCCUGAUGAAAGUCAACCCCCUCUCCUGGAUACAGAAGGUUCACACAUACAAAGCGCGGGUCGCAGUGGUGAAAUCGAGGGACAUGCACUGGUCUCUGCUGGCCCAGAGAGACCAGAGGGACAUCAGCCUGAGCUCACUGCGCAUGCUCAUUGUAGCUGACGGAGCUAACCCAUGGUCGAUAUCUUCCUGCGACGCAUUCCUCAACGUGUUUCAGGCACGUGGACUGCGACCUGAGGUGAUUUGUCCAUGUGCAAGCUCUUCAGAAGCCAUGACUGUCGCCAUCCGCAGACCUCCAGAAAUGGGUGUCCCUCCUCCUGGCAAGGCGGUGCUGUCUAUGGGUGGGCUGAGCCACAGCGUGAUCCGUGUGGACACAGAGGAGAAACUCUCUGUUCUUACAGUGCAGGAUGUGGGACAGGUCAUGCCUGGAGCUGUGGUUUGUGUGGUGCGGGUGGAGGGGACACCCUAUCUCUGUCAGACAGAUGAGGUUGGAGAGAUCUGUGUGAGCUCAGGUAGCACGGGCGUAGCUUAUUACGGCCUCCCAGGGAUGACCAAGAACAUCUUUGAGACCAUACCAGUAACAUCAUCUGGGAUUCCCAUCAGUGACAGACACUUUACCAGGACCUCACUGCUGGGCUUUGUGGGGCCGGACAGCCUUGUGUUUAUUGUGGGGAAGAUGGAAGGGCUGAUGGUGGUCAGUGGGCGGAGACACAAUGCUGAUGACGUGGUUGCCACAGCACUGGCAGUGGAGCCCAUGAAGUUUGUGUACAGGGGGAGGAUAGCAGUGUUUUCUGUGUCGGUGCUGCAUGACGAGAGGAUCGUUGUUGUGGCAGAGCAGAGGCCAGACGCCUCUGAGGAAGACAGCUUCCAGUGGAUGAGCCGCGUCCUUCAGGCCAUAGACAGCAUUCAUCAGGUCGGGGUGUACUGCCUGGCCCUGGUGCCUGCCAACACACUUCCUAAGGCUCCCCUGGGCGGAAUCCAUAUAUCUGAGACCAAACAGCGCUUCCUGGAGGGCGCCUUGCAUCCCUGCAACGUCCUCAUGUGCCCUCACACAUGUGUCACCAACCUGCCCAAGCCGAGACAAAAACAGCCAGAGGUCGGUCCUGCUUCUAUGAUAGUGGGCAACCUGGUGGCAGGCAAGAGGAUAGCACAGGCCUGUGGGAGAGACGUGGGCCAGCUAGAGGACAAUGACCAGGCACGUAAGUUCCUGUACAUUCAAGACGUGCUGCAAUGGAGAGCUCAGGCCACUCCAGACCAUCCUCUGUUCCUUGUUCUCAAUGCUAAGGGCACGGUGGCUAGCACCGCUUCCUGUCUGCAGCUGCACAAGCGGGCAGAGCGGGUAGCUGCAGCUCUGAUGGGACGCCUCAACACUGGAGACCAUGUAGCACUCGUCUACCCACCAGGAAUCGACCUGAUUGCCACCUUCUACGGCUGCCUGUACGCUGGCUGUGUGCCGGUCACUGUCAGACCCCCACAUCCCCAGAACUUGGCGACCACCCUGCCCACCGUCAAGAUGAUUGUUGAGGUCAGUAAGUCGGUGUGUAUCCUGACCACUCAAGCAAUAAUGAAGCUGCUGAAAUCCAAAGAGGCUGCUGCUGCUGUGGACAUAAAGAGCUGGCCCAUGGUGCUGGACACAGAUGACCUCCCCAGGAAGAAGAGCCCUCAGAUGUACAAGCCCCCGACCCCAGAGAUGUUGGCUUACCUGGACUUCAGUGUGUCCACAACAGGCAUCUUAGCAGGGGUCAAAAUGUCUCACGCUGCCACCAGUGCCUUGUGUCGCUCCAUCAAACUGCAGUGUGAGCUCUACCCAUCCCGGCAGAUCGCCAUCUGUCUGGAUCCCUACUGCGGCCUGGGCUUCGCUCUCUGGUGCUUGUGCAGCGUGUACUCGGGCCACCAGUCGAUCCUGGUUCCCCCUCUGGAGCUGGAGAGCAAUGCGUCUCUGUGGCUUGCGGCAGUCAGCCAGUACAAAGUGCGCGUCACCUUCUGCUCGUAUUCAGUCAUGGAGAUGUGCACCAAGGGCCUGGGUUCACAGACGGAAGCAUUGCGGUUGCGAAAUGUGAACCUGUCUUGUGUGCGUACGUGCAUGGUGGUGGCAGAGGAGAGGCCCCGCAUAGCACUCACUCAGUCCUUCUCAAAGAUCUUCAAGGACUUGGGCCUUUCACCACGCGCCGUCAGUACCACCUUCGGAUGCAGGGUGAACGUGGCGAUUUGUUUGCAGGGCACAGCUGGACCAGACCCCACCACUGUUUAUGUGGACAUGAGAGCUCUGCGACAUGAUAGGGUUCGCCUGGUAGAGAGAGGGUCUCCGCACAGCUUGCCACUGAUGGAGUCCGGGAAGAUCCUCCCUGGAGUGAAGGUGAUCAUUGCCAACACAGAGACUAAAGGACCCCUGGGAGACUCCCACCUGGGAGAGGUCUGGGUGAGCAGUCCUCACAAUGCCACAGGCUACUACACAGUGUAUGGUGAGGAGGCGUUGCAUGCGGACCACUUCAACACAAAGCUCAGCUUCGGCGACACCCAGACUGUGUGGGCGAGGACGGGCUACCUGGGCUUUCUGCGGCGCACUGAGCUCACUGAUGCCAGUGGAGAGCGCCAUGACGCCCUCUACGUGGUGGGCUCUCUUGAUGAGACUCUGGAGCUGAGGGGAAUGAGGUAUCACCCAAUUGACAUCGAGACCUCUGUUAUCCGUUCUCACAAGAGCAUAGCUGAAUGUGCGGUGUUCACUUGGACCAACCUCCUUGUGGUGGUUGUGGAGCUGGAGGGGUCUGAGCAGGAGGCCCUGGACCUGGUUGCUCUGGUCACCAACGUUGUCCUGGAGGAGCACUACCUCAUCGUAGGGGUGGUGGUGGUGGUGGACCCUGGCGUCAUCCCCAUCAACUCUCGAGGGGAGAAGCAACGCAUGCACCUCAGAGACGGAUUCCUGGCUGACCAGCUGGACCCCAUAUAUGUGGCUUACAACAUGUGAGGGCCCUGCUGCAGGAGGGUUACCCCUCCAUGUGGCUCAUCACACAACAGGAGACAGCAGGACAGUAAAUGUGGGGCCCGGUGUCAGUGCGGCUUCUGUUGAAAGACAGCGAGCUGGCCUCUUCUUUCAGCUCACAGAGUGGAAAUAUGAAAGAAACUCGGAUGCAAAAUUUCACAGCAAAAUGGAGAGAAAUUCCAAGAGAAAUAAGAUUGACACAAACCUCAUGUCUGUUUCUCCCUGUAAUUUCUUGCCUCAACAAAUGUUUUAAAGGGCGUUUUGGUUUUGUUGAAGUGCGUUUUGUAUGUACGAUAGUGUCUGACUCCUUAAACCCAGUACACCCGAUAGCAGUACAGCAGGUGGUUAAGGUAUAAUCCUACACUGUGCCAUUAACAUAAUUUACUUUGUCAGUCUCCAAAAUGAUGAAUGUUAGUUGUGUUUGCCACACACGUGCCAUAGAACAGGACUGACGCCAGUACCCUAAUCAAACAAACCCUAAUAUGUUUCACGUUCGCCUCCUCUGCCACUGCAGGUCAAAUAUUUUCCAUAGAAGUCUCUAAUCUCUGUCAUUAAAUCUGUGGGAGCUUCUCUUCAGAUUACGGCUGCGCCCCAAAGUGAACUGGGCUGCAACUAACUAUUAUGUACAUUGUCAAUUAAUCUGUCAAUUAUUUUCUCGAUUAAUCGAUAGUUGUUUGGGCUAUAAAAUGUCAAUCAGUGUGUCCCAAAGCCCAAGUUCACAUCCUCGAGUGUCCUGUUUUGUCUACAACCCAAAAAUAUUCAUUAAAUUAGUUGGUGAUUAAUUCAGUAGAUGACCACUACUCAAUUAAUCGAAUAAUCGUUGCAGCUGUAAAGCGAUCCCUGAUUUUAUGUGCUCCAGCUCUAUUCAGAUCAUGUUAUUGCAUCAACAAAGAAGCACACAGCUGUGGUGUUGAAGGAGGGGCAGUACUUGUUUUUUGUUGCUGUUUCCAGCAGUAGUCCUUCAGUUUGUAGUGUCGGUAACAAAAACGUGUAGAAGUAAUGUUGUGAUUUGACUCGUUCUUUUUUUAAAUCGAAAAUGUGUAAUAUAGUUAUUGUUUUAGCUGAACAAAAUGCAAUAUGAGUGAUGUGAAAGAUGUUGCUCUGAAUGACUGCAGACAGUAAGUGCCGAUCAAUCCAAGUCAUGAGAUAUAAUCGUUGCUUACUAUUAGCAGCGUACCAAAUGAUAUGAAUUAAGCCUUAAGUGUUUUGUUUUUUAGAUGCCUGUUCCUAUCCCAGCUCCUGUUCAGCUACAUUUUGUGAAGUUUAUCAGCUGUUGGAUAGGCAGGGAACAUGCAGAGGGAGGUUGGUAUUGUAAAUCCUGCUCUUCUUGCACCCAAAGUCUUUCAUCUUUUUCAGCUAAGAUGAAUAUACUUGAUCCUGACAUCAGCCAUUACAAACACACACAUGCUCCGUAAAUAUUUUUGAUAAUGUCUGUCCCUAUUGUCAGUUGUGUUCAGUGUGUGUUUUAUAACAACAUACUGGAAGAACUUGUAGUUGGUAUGGAUUUGAUGCAGAAUGUCACAGCCUCAUUUCGAAUGCCAUAAGGUUGAAUGAGAGUUGAAAAAUGUCGCAUGUACUGUAUGAGGCAAGUGUCUAAUAUGCGUGUAACACCUUAACCUCCCACCUUAUCACAUUGACUUUGUAAAGAUUCACUUCACUGUAUGUUGCUUCUCUGUGCACAUCCCUUCAGAAACAGGCCCCGAGCCUGCUGUAAGUAUGUACAGGUUUUGUGUAAAUUAUUAAUUGAUUGAGGAGACGACAGGAAGCAUAACACAUAAAGACUGAAUGUGGUUUAUAUGUGAACUUCUCCCUCACAAACAAACUUAUUUGAAAUGUAUUGUCAUGUGUGGACAUUGGGAGGAGACAUGCAAAGCCUUGCAAACAUUUUUUUAGUAUGAAAGAACAGCGGGAACUGGCCACUUCCAGGAUGAGACGAAGCACACUCCGAGCACAAGGAGAAGACAGUUACGCUCUGCUGACUGCUGAGGUGUCACAUCCUCUGGAGCAAACUUUUGUUGUUGACAUAUAGAAAGAUACAUUUGUCUGAUAUGGUUAGUUGUCAUUAUUUUCAUAACCUGAUUUCUUAAUGAAUAAAAAGUACUUUUAACUUGAAA